GUCUACCGAACAGGACAUGUUUUACUGGUUGGACAGUAUAAAAUAUAUACCGGUAAAGAGAACAGGACACAACUUUUCUUUUGCUUCUCCGAUUCGUUCCGUUGUCCAUUUCUUCACUCUGUCGAAAUAUGCGCACACGUGGUACGCUCCAUAGGGUUUGUCACGUAGUGGACCCGUGUCGCUGUGGCACGGUAACUGGCCAAUGAAACAUGAUCAUUAUAGCGUUUCAAGCGGGCUCUAAAUCAAACAACUAAGCCACACAGUCAGCAGACGGGAUGCCAAAAAACACUUAUAUUGUGCAACGUGAUAUUGCGAUAACGAUAUUGAGUAGAUAUAUCUUGCACCCCUACAAGUACUGCUAGAUAUUAGUAGUACUGUUGGUUAGUUCGCUGUACCUGCACAUAAGGUGACCUCAAGAAAAAAACAAGGUGGUGAAUACUUGUUACGGUACUGAUAAAGCUCCCACAAAUUGUCAGGUAUUUUCUGAAAAACACUCUUCCUACACUUGACAUCGAGAUGACUUAAUGAUUUGAUUUAUUGCAGAUGAAAUUUCUCCGAUGUGUCAAAGACAAUCUCUGGUGUGUGUGUGAGUUGAUUUAUGGCCGGUGUGUGCCGUGAAAUACGGGAAUCAUGUUUUUUGUGUAAAUUCAGAGGUAUAUUUUUGAUUGGAAGUUUUAUGACAAACAGUGUAUAUUAAUAUAACGCCAUAAAUUGUCAUCUUUCAGGUUUGUAUUAUAUUUUUUAGCUCUGCUGGGUGUAGGAAUGUUGGGUUUGUGCAUUUGGUACAAAUCGAAAUAGUAUGUGUGCAUAUGUUUUAGCAUUUUGACGAAACAAUCCCAGAAAUGUCUGUAAAAGUCAGUUUUGUAUACUUGACAAACUGAACAAAAGUGACUGACAUUUUUUUUAGUGGGAUUGUGUUUUUUUUUUUUCUUCAGGUUUGAAUGAUUUUGAUUAAACGAUAAAAACAAAAAAUUGUACAUUUUAUCAUCUCAACAUCGUUUAGGUAUUUUACCCAUUCUUUCAACUUUUCCAUGGUUGUUUCUGUAAAUUGUAUGGUUUAUGGAUCAAAUAAACUCUGGUGAGACUGGAGAUGUCUGAAAGUUGUCUUGUAAUUUGAACAGUUUGCUGUCAGUGACCAGCACCUCUGAGCUCAGUCACCUGCCAUUGGCUCCUGUUGUGCUCCACCUCUGAGAGAAAACGCAUGUCGGAGCAGGUGGCCAGUUGUCAAGCUUCACCUUAACAUUAGUUUACCUUAAAACGAGCCUCUGAAGGUAUGGAGUUUUCAACGGAUUCAGAGAAACAUCUGAUUGAGACUCAUUUGGAGGCUCUUAGAUGAGCCAAGCGUCACAUGACAAACCAGCUGAAUCGGAGGAGAUAAGGGAGAGGCGUUUGUCACUGGCCCGGCAUAUUGCCAAGCCACGGGAGAAGGAAUCCUCGUCGCCAAAAAAGCCAAAAAUUGGAAGACAUGUUGUCAUAGCUUCUUGGACGAGUUCUCCAGAGGACAGACGUUCAGACUCUCUGUCGGAGUCCAGUGAAGAUGGCUCCAGCAUGGACGGCCUGUGGCAGCCCGACCGGCUCUGCCAGGAGACAGACUCGAUGUCGGCGGCUGAAAGUGACCACAGACGGUUGGCCAGAAGGAAACUUCUCAUGGCCUGCGCCGUCAGCCUUGUCUUUAUGACCGGAGAGGUGAUUGGUGGAUACGCUGCUCGCAGUCUGGCCAUCAUGACAGAUGCAGCACAUCUUCUGACUGACGUUGGCAGCAUCGGGAUCAGCAUCUUCUCUCUGUGGAUCUCAUCCAGGCCUCACACACACACCAUGACAUUUGGGUGGCAUCGAGCAGAGAUUCUGGGCAUGUUGCUGUCAGUUGGGUCUAUCUGGGCGGUGACAGCAGUGCUGGUCAUAACAGCCAUUCAGAGGAUCACUGAUGGAGACUACGACAUCGACAGUCAGAUCAUGCUCCUAACCUCCGGCUGUGCAGUGGGGGCCAACGUCCUGAUGGUCCUGAUCCUCCAUCAGUCUGGAGCCUCACACGGCCACAGCCACAGCUUUCCCAGCAGCCGGCUGCAGACGGACAGCCAGCGCCAGGGCCAGGGCCACGGCCACCAUCACGGCCACGGCAACGGCCACGGCAACGGCAGCGUGAAGGCGGCUUUCAUCCACGUGGUGGGAGAUCUGGUGCAAAGUGUCGGGGUCCUGCUGGCUGCCACCAUCAUCCACUUCUGGCCUGAAUAUAAAGCCGCAGAUCCGAUUUGCACAUUCCUGUUCUCGGUUCUUGUUCUUGGAACAACACUUCCAGUCACAAAGGAUGUUUUCAGAAUCCUGAUGGAGGGAGUUCCUCAGGGCGUCCCCUUCAGCACUGUGAGAGAGCUGCUGCUGUCUGUGAGAGGAGUCGUGGGUGUUCACAGUCUGCACAUGUGGAGCCUCAACAUGACUCACUCUUUACUUUCUGUCCACGUGGCCACAGAAGAAGAUGCUGACUCACAGAUCGUUCUCAGGAAGGCAACAAAGCUCCUGCGCUCUGAGUUUGGUUUCUCCAGCGUCACAAUCCAAGUGGAGCGUUAAAAGGACGACUGCUGACUGCAGCGGGACUGGAGGACGACUGUGGAGACGGACAACUCAAGCGCUGGUUUACUGCUUAACAGCCUCUGGUACAACUUUAAAUUUCAGGAGUUUGUUUGCAACGGUUUUAAUGCAAGGAGCAGAUCAUUACUGUCUUGCCGUUUAGUAAUCCUCACUCAGGUUUUCCAGCUUCUAAAAAAUGUAUUCACAGGGGAUUCCUGUAAAGAGCUGUGAGUCUUUGAUAAAAUAUUGAUUCAUGCUGUUACUACGGUCAUGUUUGAGCUUUGAAUUAAACUCCCAGAGUUGGCUACUGGCAGUCAUUACAUUGGCAUAAUAAAUGAUUUUUUAUUUAUGAA